AAUAAAAGCCCAAAUAUUUAUAAUUUUAUACCUGAUUCCUGAGGUGAGGUGAGCAGUUGAGACUUGAGAGAGGCGGAGAACAGAGAAUCAGAGAGAGGCUGAGGUGGUUCAGCUGGAGACUGAACAGUGGAGACUGGAGACUAGAGAGAGGCGGAGAGCAGAGACUAGAGAGAAAGUGAUUGAUUUAGUUUGAGUAGAGUGGUGUAAAGAGAGAACAAACAAGAAGAAGACCAAAGAGGAGGUAGAGGAAUGGAGGAUCACUUCAAGACCCAGACUGUACCUCACCCACUUGGGACUAGGAUAUGUGUGAAGAAUUUACCAAAAUAUGUGGCAGAGGAUCGCCUUCGAGAGUUAUUUUCUCAAAAAGGAGAAAUAACAGAUGCGAAGCUAAUGCGAACCAAGAAUGGUAAGAGCAGGCAGUUUGCUUUUAUUGGGUUCCGCACAGAGCCUGAAGCUGGAGAAGCAAUCAGAUACUUCAACAAAUCUUACAUUGAUACUUUUAGGAUUACUUGUGAGAUUGCUCAUAAAGUUGGGGAUCCAAGUCUUCCUCGUCCUUGGAGUCAGUAUUCUUUGAAGAAAGAAGAGAAAGCAACUGAAGAGAAGAAACUUGCUGGUGCUAAAAAUUCAAGCCUUGUGGGUUCUAAAGAAGAGAGAAAGAAUCUUAAAAAGGGUAGUGAGAAUUAUGACCCUAAGCUUCAAGAGUUCCUUGAGGUCAUGCAGCCACGCAUGAAGUCAAAAUUGUGGGCAAAUGAUACAUUGAUAACAAAUACAGCCGACCAAAAUGUUAAUCUCAGUGAGAAGCAAAUUCAAGAAAAGGAGGAACACAAUGAUAAAUCAUUUCCAGUACAUGUUGACUUAGAUGAGCAUGAAACAGUAGAACAUGGGUUAUCAGAUAGCCAUGAAACUAAGAAACCACAUAAUCUUGCUCAUGAUGAACUCAUUUCAGAUAUGGAUUACUUCAAGAGUAGAGUAAAACAGGAAUGGUCAGAUUCAGAAAAUAGUGAUGAUGAUGAUAAUGACAAUGACAGUGAUAAAAAUGAUGAUAAUAAUUACAAAGAAGACAGAAGUGGAUCUUUAAAGGAAAGCAUUGAGAGCCAGGAUGCUCGUAAAGUAGAUCCAAAGGGAUCGAACACUACCCUUAAAGAGGUUGUACCUGAAGAAGAGGUUGAAGAGGAAGAACAUUCCCAUGACUUGGACAGUGGAAUAUCUAAACCCGGGCACCUAGCAUCAAGUUUGAAAGAUGAGAAAGAAGUUGUUCUUGAGACUGGUCGUCUUUUUGUGCGUAAUCUGCCAUACACAGCAAAUGAGGAGGAACUGGAAGAGCAUUUUAGUAAAUUCGGUGAUGUCUCACAGGUCCAUAUUGUUAUUGACAAAGAUACGAAACGGUCCAAAGGAAUAGCUUAUGUCCGUUAUGCAGUUGCAGAAUCUGCAAUGAGGGCAUUAGAAGAAUUAGACAAUUCAGAUUUCCAAGGCAGAUUAUUGCAUGUUUUGCCAGCUAAAGAAAAAAGUUCUUCUGACCAGCAAGGGAUUGAUGUUUCUGUUGCCCAAACUCCAAAAAAUUUUAAGCAAAAGAGGGAGGAAGAGAGGAAGGCAUCUGAAGCCAGUGGAGAUACAAGAGCAUGGAAUAGCUUUUUCAUGCGCUCUGAUACAGUUGUUGAAAACAUCGCUAGGAAAUAUGGUGUAAGUAAGAGUGAAUUACUUGAUCGGGAAGCUGAUGAUCUUGCUGUACGCAUAGCUUUGGCAGAAACGCAAGUGAUUGCAGAGACUAAAAAAGCUCUUACAAAUGCUGGAGUAAAUGUAUCAUCUUUAGAGGAAUAUGCUGCUGGGAAAGUUGAUGGGGUAAAAAGAAGCAACCAUGUUCUGUUAGUGAAGAACUUGCCGUAUGGUUCUUCCGAAAAUGAAUUGGCCAAGAUGUUUAGCAAAUUUGGGAGUUUGGACAAAAUUAUUCUCCCUCCAACAAAAACAUUGGCCUUGGUUGUUUUCCUUGAACCUGCUGAAGCUCGUGCAGCUUUUAGAGGUUUAUUAUAUAAGCGUUACAAGGAUGCACCGCUAUAUUUGGAAUGGGCUCCUGGCAAUAUUCUUACUCAAUGUUCUACAUCCAAGAUUGAUGAAAAGAAUAAUGCUCUUGGUGAACAUGAUGCCAAGAGAUUCAUACUGGAGCAACAAGAGGGAUUAAUGGACAUGGAUAUUGAUCCUGAUAGAGUUGAGUCACGAACUCUAUUUGUCAAGAACCUGAAUUUUAAGACAACUGAUGAGAGUUUGAAAAAGCAUUUCACUGACAACAUAAAGGAGGGAAGAAUUUUAAGUGUCAAGGUGAAGAAGCAUGAGAAGAAUGGGAAGAAUGUUUCAAUGGGCUUUGGUUUCAUCCAGUUUGAUUCUGUUGAGACAGCCACCAAUAUUUGUAGAGAUUUGCAGGGAACUGUUUUGGAUGGCCAUGCUCUUAUCUUGCAGUUUUGUCAUGCUAAGAAGGAUGAACAAAUGCUGAAAAAAGUUGACAAGGAUAAGAGUUCAAGUAAAUUACUUGUCAGAAAUGUAGCAUUUGAGGCAACAGAGAAAGAUUUGAGACAGCUAUUUAGUCCAUUUGGCCAGAUUAAGAGCCUAAGGCUGCCAAAGAAGUUUGGAAAUCAUAGAGGGUUUGCUUUUGUGGAGUAUGUUACAAAGCAAGAGGCACAGAAUGCACUUCAAGCACUUUCAAGCACACAUUUAUAUGGUCGACAUUUGGUUCUUGAGAGAGCAAAGGAAGGUGAGAGCUUAGAAGAGUUGCGAGCUAGAACAGCUGCUCAGUUUACUGAAGAUCAAAAUGGGCUUCAAAAUCCGACUAAAUUGUCCAAAAAGAGGAAGAACAUGGCUAUCUUGGAUGAAGGAACAAUGAAGUUCAAAAGGAUUGCCAAUUAGUGUUUCUUCACUAUUGUCGUGUAUUAUAAUUGGGAAGUGAGUUAUGUAGUCGUAUUCAUGGUAGGUUAUACAUUAUUUUAUAUGUUAUGCUGGCCCCAUUUUUGCUUUGCUGGGAGCUGGUUUUGUUAGUUACACGAGCAGGAAUAAAAAAAAGAAAAAAAAAAGAAAAAUUUAUAUUCCUGUUUCAAGGUUCAUUUGUUGUCUUAAAGUUGAGCUGCCUUUAGGUAGGACAUUAGAUUCAAGCUUGGUUAGACCUAGAUAAUAGAGUAUUUGCAUAACACUAGGUGUGAGUUAAGUCAAAAUCAUUUUUUGAAGAGAGUUUUAACUUA